AUGGCGGAAUCCAAUCAGCCCAUGACCUCAGAUUUCAUUCUCGUGGGACUCUUCAACCACACAGGGCCACACCUUGUCCUCUUCUCCCUGGUGGCCUCCAUGUUCACCGCAGGCCUUUUGGGCAACACCGCGCUGCUCUUCCUGAUCCAUGCAGACUCCAGGCUGCACGUGCCCAUGUACUUCCUGCUCGGCCAGCUCUCUCUGUUGGACAUUGGUUUUCCACUGGUCACCAUCCCCAAGAUGGCGGCUGGCUUCCUGCUGGGGGAGGGCUCCAUCUCCUUCGGGGGGUGUGCAGCUCAGAUGUUCUUCCUGAUGUUGAUGGGUGUCUCUGAGGCCGUCCUGCUGUCCCUCAUGUCCUAUGACCGCUACGCUGCGGUGUGCCACCCGCUGCAUUACCCCGUGCUCAUGAGGCGUCAGGUCUGCCUGCUGAUGGCGGGCACCUCCUGGCUCUCGGGUGUGCUCGUGGCCUCCGUCCAGACGGCCAUCGCCCUGCGGUUCCCCUACUGCGCCUCGCGCACGGUGGACCAUUUCUGCUGUGAGCUGCCGGCCCUGCUGAAGCUCUCCUGCGCCGACACUUCCGCCUAUGAGCUGGCGCUGUCCGUCUCGGGGGUGCUGAUCUUGCUGCUGCCCAUCUCGCUCAUUGUCACCUCUUACGGACUCGUUUUGCGGGCCGUUCUGCACAUGCGCUCGGCAGAGGCCCGGCACAAGGCCUUGGCCACGUGCUCCUCACACCUCACGGUGGUGGGGCUCUUCUAUGGGGCGGCCGUGUUCAUGUACAUGGUGCCGGGCGCCUUCCACGGCCCGCACCAGGACAACGUGCUCUCUCUCUUCUACAGCCUGGUCACCCCCGCGCUCAACCCCCUCGUCUACAGCUUGAGGAACAGAGAGGUCCGCAGGGCCAUGGCGAAGGUCGUUGGCAGAGGUGGUUGCAGGGCAAAGAGAUGA